CCCUAUGGACGGGCUAUGAGGGGACAGAUCACACAGAACAGAACAUGGAGCUCUCCUAUCAGGCGAUAAAGACGGCGUCCCAGACCAGAGAGGCGGAUGAGCAGCGGACGGAGGCUCGGAGGAAGAACCUGCUCAUACUCGUCAUGCACUACAUGCUGCAGGAGGGUUACGUGGAUUCGGCAAAUGCUCUAGAACAGGAGAGCAAAUUAAACCUUAGAAGAUUUGAAGUCUGUGAUAACAUCGACCUGGAAACCAUUCUCCAGGAAUAUGAAAGUUACUAUUAUGUCAAAUUCCAGAAAUACCCGAAGAUCACCAAGAAAGUUGGAGAUAACGAUAGUAAAGUGUAUGCAAAGCCUCGAAGUGGAGGAAGACUGAGAAGAACAGCCAGUAACUCUUCCCAGGGGCUUCCAAGAAUCACCAACCAUAGUAUCAUCCAGCGCCCAGUGUCCAGAACGUACCCAAGGGCGGCAGAGAGAGUGUCAAACAGAGAGAUCGCCAGACAGGAGAAUGGAAGUAACAGUCCUCCGGAGGUCACUGAAUUUGGGUUGAAUGUUUCUGCCAUAAAUAAAAAUGGCGGAGGAGAAGGCGUUUCACAAAGGCGGGGACAGAUCAUUGACUUUCGUGGAAUGAUCCAAGACGCAAUAAAGGGCGCAUCGAAUGAAAUCGCUAUAAAUACCCUAAACUACAACCCUGACCCUUCCGAAAGACUGCUGAAGCCGGUCAGCGCUUUUCUCGGCGCCAAUAGCGAGAUGAGAGAACUGGCUGCAGUGAUAAGCCGGGACAUUUAUCUUCAGAACCCCAAUGUAAGGUGGGAUGACAUCAUUGGGCUUGAUGCAGCAAAGCGAUUAGUAAAGGAGGCAGUGGUGUACCCUAUUAGGUACCCGCAGCUCUUCACUGGAAUUCUGUCUCCUUGGAAGGGGCUCUUGUUGUACGGCCCACCGGGCACUGGAAAGACCUUGCUGGCUAAAGCGGUGGCCACUGAAUGUAACACCACAUUUUUCAACAUUUCCGCUUCUACAAUUGUCAGCAAGUGGAGAGGGGAUUCGGAAAAACUUGUUCGGGUUUUAUUCGAACUUGCCCGAUAUCAUGCUCCGUCCACCAUUUUCCUGGAUGAACUUGAAUCUGUGAUGAGUCAGAGAGGAGCAGGACCGGGAGGUGAGCACGAGGGAAGUCGCAGGAUGAAAACAGAAUUGCUGGUUCAGAUGGACGGCUUGUCCCGAUCAGACGACCUGGUGUUUGUUCUCGCCGCCUCCAAUCUGCCCUGGGAGCUGGAUCAUGCCAUGUUAAGGCGGCUGGAGAAGAGGAUUCUGGUGGAUUUACCCAGUAAAGAAGCACGAAAGUCCAUGAUCCAGCACUGGCUGCCACCAGUGAGCAAUAGCGGAGGAGUGGAGCUGAGAACCGAGCUUGACUACAGCGUGCUGGGAGAGGAGACUGAAGGUUACUCAGGAUCAGAUGUUAAGCUGGUGUGUAAAGAAGCCGCCAUGAGACCCGUGAGGAAAGUGUUCCACGCCCUAGAAAAUCACCAACAAGGGUGCCAGGACUUGCCCUUCAUUCGUCUGGACACAGUGACCACAUCCGAUUUUCUGGACGUUUUAGCACACACAAAGCCAUCAGCCAAAAGUCUGGUGGAAAAAUAUAGCGCCUGGCAGAAAGAGUUUGAGUCGGUGUGAGAAAGAGAGGCUGGCGGACACAACUGCUGCUGCACUACACAGGGACCAAACUGCCCUCAGACCUGGAGCCCAACAUGCUCUGUGGCAUGGACGUUUAUUGUGGCGAAUUUUGCACUGUAUGAACUAUAUAAAAAAAGGGAAAAAAAAAAUACAUAAAAUAAAACAUUAUUUUCCUGGGUUGGAUUUGCGAGCAGGAAAUAAGUUGUCAGCAGCUUUCCUCCCACAAUGUCACAGGGCCAGGAUGAAUUGUGCUGACAAGGGUGCCUGCAGAAAUUUGGCAAGGAUGGUAUGUUCAGGUCCUUAAAGGGGUUAUGCCAUGAUUAAUGUAAAAAAAUGAAAAUCAGACACCAAAUAGUACAUUAAAGUCUCUUUCUAACAAAGCUAGAACCAGCCCUGUACCUCACAUGGAUCCAGAGAUCUUCACAUUCAAUGUUCCAAUUGUUCUGGUCAACCCUCUUCAGGUUGGCAGCUGAGGGGGCGUGUCCUUUCUGCUGUAGCUCUUUCUCCGUAACUGCUACAGCAUCACAGAAUUAAACUGAGCGCGUGUGACCAUCUCAGUGGGGUAGAUAAGUAAUAAGGAAAAUAAAACAGCAGGUGGCGCUAUACCUAUAUUUUAUUGCAGGGAUGCUCAACCUGCGGCCCUCCAGCC